AUGGUGACUAAGGUAAGUAGGAAGCGACUGACAUCCAGUCUCUACGACAAGCUCUACAUGAGGCAUCUGGACUGUGUAGACCACUUGUGUAGCGGAGAGUCUUCUAACGUCGACACCAAUAGCGAAUACGAGGAAGUGUACGAGUCGGCGUGCAGUGCAAAUGAGUCUUCGCCGCCGGACAGUCCCCAAAGGCUGCCGGCUAAGGAGGAACGCGCAGACAUCACACAGGCAAUAGUGUACAAGCCGUCCAAAAUAGUCCAGAGGCACAGCAGAGUAUCUCCGCCGACCUCGGAGGAUGAAGCGGCGGUCGAAGUCGACCCUUUCGGGAGGUACAGCUUUGGAGAAGCGGAGAGGAAGGGGCGAUCGAGUUGGAAGAAGAACAUCGUCACGGCCUUCACGGCGUACGCAAGAACCAACAGAUCAAACGGUUACAGGGGCGACAACACGGAAGAAAGCGAAAAUAGACCCGAAGUGUUGUAUGAUAUGUGGGCGGAUUACAUGGACUCUGAUGACAGCUCCAAGAACGACGAAAAUACCAUCAAGGGCACGGUGUAUGGCACGGAUAGCGAACACGUUCCGUUGAAAAAACGCGGGUUCUACACCAUAUUCCUGAGGAAUCCGAAGGCCGCAGAAAAGAAGACGAAGCAGGAUAUCUACCUGGCCAGAGUUAAGUUCACAUACAAGAUAAUAGACUGCAACCGCAAAAGAGAAGAAGUCAGAAUCCAAGGAAACGCGCCACCAGAGUCGGGCACGGAGGUAUCCUUCGUCCCGCACGACAUAUUCGGGGAUGACAGCUUCUGCCUGACCAACGAGGGCUCCGUCACGGUCGCAGCGACGACGAAGAUCGUACUCAUCUGCGCGUCCGACGACUCGAUCGCCGAGUUCUCCAUCACACACAACCCGCUCAACUUUAAUCCGUCCUUGUUGUACAAGAUCGUGUACGGAGGCUGGUGCUCGGCGGUGCCGCUCAGUAUCACGCCCAAGGUGCGACUGCGCGUGCUCUCCCUGGACAGCUGCGAGAACCUCGGCACCACGGUUCUGGAGACGCUGUACACCCUUGAGACGCGCAUCAGCGCAAUCAAAGGGGAACCGUGCAACAUAGCAGACUACUUCGAUGUCAUAUGUGCCACGGGGUCAGGAGCGCUGCUCGCGCUCUGCCUGCUCAAGGGGUACUCGGCCAAGGAACUCAAGUUACAGUGGCAGAGCAUCCUGUCACAACUGUUCAAGUGGCCGCACUCGCUCGCCUACGGACUCAUUUUCGACCACCUCAGCAGCAGCCAGUACGCCAAAGUGUGGAUUGACAUACUGGGCACCGACUUCAUGUGCUCAAAGGCCAGGCCCCUGUGCAUGCUCACCUCGACGCAACUCAAGAACAAGGAGCAAGAGCUGUUCAUGUUCAGAAACUACACCAACACGCGCGGGCCGUACGCCAAGACGGCGCUCGCGCCCAUGUGGCUUGCGGGAUGGGCCACCACCGCGAUGCCGACGUACAUCAAGGGGCCCACCACCGCAUACCUCAAGGAAAUAGGCUGCAAGAUCGAUAGUGAGGUGCAGUUCGCCGACGGCAAGUUCGUGUCAGUCAACCCGUCGCUCGUCGCCCUGCACGAGGUCGGCGACCUGUACGGCUACACGCUGCGGACGCUUAUCGACGAAACUCUGGAAAUAUUCUUGUCGCUUGGAAGCACCAGGGAAAACGGCAUGCAGGUGAAGAUGCGCGACAGCAACACGUGGCAGAUAGUCCUGAACACCGGCACCACCUCCGACAAAAUCGAGCAGUCGCACAUGACGCAGCUGUUCGAAGAGCACCCGGAGAAGUACCACCGCAUCCAUCUGCCCUACGUCCGCGGGUGCAAGCACGGCAAGACGGACAAGGAGUGGGUGGACACCACAUUCGCCGCAGCGGCGGACUACCUACAGAACAAUCUGAGCAGCUCCGUGGACGCCAUCGUCGAGAUAAUCAACAAGUAA